AAAUGAGGAAUUCCGGUGAAUCUAUUUUUCAUAGCCCGUCGACAAUUUUUUUUCAAAAGUGAAUGUUGAAUGGUGGCGUAUUGGCCGUUAUCACAAACGCGUGAGUUAGAAGAAAUGUGAAAUUAUCCAGUAAUUUUCGGUCAUUGUGUACAUGUGUAUCAUUCACAUCAGCCACAGGGCCCACAGGCUCAACAUUUCUAUAAAUCCCAUUACAAUAAGUUUGUAAUAGUAAAUCUUAUUCCUCUAAGUGACAUACCGGAAUGAUGGACUCGAAUGAUCCGGAGUCGGCAGACUCGUGUAGUCUUACGGAGGAAGAAGUCGAGCCAAAGCUCAAAUAUAUACGGCUUUCGAACGAUUUAAAAAGUAUCCUCAGCGAGGAAGCGGUCAGUUGUAUAGCUGUACAUUCAAGAUUUCUCUGCUUGGGAACUCACUGGGGGCGAAUUCAUAUGCUGGAUCAUCAAGGAAACCGUGUGGAAACACUGAUUAAUUUGAAACAAAAUCCACACAUUCUCUCGGUGAACAAAAUAUCCGUCGACAGUAAAGGAGAACACAUUGCUACUUGUUCAGAUGAUGGGAUGGUCAUUAUCAGUGGUUUAUAUUCGGAUGAAAAUAAUCAAAAACUAAAUGUCGGAAGAGGUAUCAAGGCAGUUGAACUUGAUCCUUCGCAUCAUAAAUCCGGUUCGGGACGAAAAUUUCUCAUAGGUGAUAACAGACUUGUUCUCUAUGAGAAAACCUUUUUGAAAGGACUAAAAUCUACAGUGCUUAGUGAAUCAGAGGGCGUCGUUAGUGCCAUCAGAUGGAACGGCCAGUUUGUGGCGUGGGCAAGCUCGUUGGGAGUCCACGUAUAUGACUUGAACGAGCGAUGUUCACUAGGGUUAAUCAAAUGGGAAGAUCCGAAAGAAGGGAAACUAACAGACUUUCGAUGUAAUCUAAAUUGGUCGAACUCUACUACUUUACUCAUCGGUUGGGUUGACACGAUUAGAAUAUGUGUUAUUAGGAAGCGUAAUCCUGUGGAAGUAUCGACACGGAAUCUUCCGGAGUACAUUGUAGAUCCCAUGUCAACAUUCCAAACUGAUUUCUACGUUUGUGGCAUUGCGCCUCUGGAGACCCACCAAUUGGUUGUUUUGGGGUACUCCAAAGAACGAGAUAUCGAAACAAAUAAGGCCCUGAGGCCGAUCCUGUGCGUCCUGCAGUACAAAGCUAUCGAUUAUAUUGAAAUUUGUACGGACAGUCUUUCGAUGAGAGGGUAUCAAGAAUAUAAGUGUGAUGAUUAUCAUCUGGAAUGUUUAAUUGAGGAGAAUCAGUAUUUUAUAGUUUCACCCAAGGACGUAGUGGUAGCUAGUCUAUAUGAAACAGACGACCGCGUUCAAUGGCUGAUCGAGCACGGAAAAUUUGAACAAGCCAUGGAAGUGAUAUCCAAAAGCGGUGGCAAAUAUUCGCUUAUAACGGUUGCGCGCCUUUACCUGGAUCACCUACUCAGUCUACAGCAGUACGAUGAAGCCGCCAUACUGUGCCAACGUGCCUUCAAAAACGAUAAACAGCUGUGGGAGGAAGAGGUCUACAAAUUUGUCAAAGUAAAGCAGCUCCGUUCGGUUAGCGAAUGUAUACCGCAAUCGGACACGUGUAAACUGAAUCCGCAUGUGUACGAAAUGGUUCUGUACGAGUAUCUACAAUUGGAUCCGGAAGGGUUUUUGCGACUAAUCAAGAAAUGGCUGCCAGGGCUGUACAAUACAAAGGCAGUGAUUAAUGCAAUCAAUGACCAUUUCAAUAAAAAGGAUGCAAACGUGUUGCUGGAAGCGUUGGCGAUACUGUAUUCUCAUGACAAGGACUACGAUAGUGCGUUAACAAUGUAUCUAAAGUUGCAGCAUAAAGAUGUCUUUGAACUGAUUAAGAAGCAUGAUCUUUAUAUGGUAAUUAAAGACACGAUAGUGCAAUUGAUCGAAUUAGAUAGCGAAAAAGCAAUAGCCAUGUUAUUGGAAAAGAACAAAAUUCCCGUAGAAGUUGUUGUGAAAGAACUGGAAAGUAGAGAAGACUACCUGUACAAAUAUCUAGACGCAUAUGACAAAAUUGAUAGUUCCGGAAAAUUUCAUUGGAAACUGGUUCGUCUCUACGCGACGUAUGAGCCCAGUAAACUACUUCCAUUCCUGAAGCGCUCAAACAACUAUCCUAUUCAGGAGGCCUUCGAUAUCUGCAAGGAACUGUUGUUCUAUCCGGAAAUGGUCUACCUGCUUGGUAGAAUGGGUAACACAAGGGAAGCGUUAUCCAUUAUAAUUCAUAGACUGGAUGACAUACAAAUGGCGAUUGACUUUUGCAAAGAACACGACGAUAUGGACCUUUGGAAUGAUUUAAUUAACGAGUCAGUCGACAAGCCGUAUAUCAUGACAAAAUUACUAGACGGUAUUGCCGGAUUCGUCAACCCUGAACUGUUGGUCAACAAAAUCAAAAGGGGACAGGAUAUUCCGGGUUUGAAAAAUUCCAUCAUCAAGAUGUUGUGUGGGUUCAGUUUACAGGUUUCGAUACAGGAUGGGUGUAAUCAGAUUCUGGUAUCGGAUUAUUUUGAUAUGCAUGAGAGAUUGUCAAAAGUUCAGCAGAAAGCGUUGGCCGUUACUAGUGAAAAUCUUUGUGGUUUGUGUAGGCGAGAUAUUAUCGUAAAAGAUCAUCUAAGGGCAGACAUAGUGGUGUUUAAUUGUCGACAUUUUUUCCACGAGAACUGUUUGCCAGAUAAGUAUAGUGUAGAAUUUUGUACGGUUUGUAAGUCGCGAAAACCGUAGCAAGCUGCAAGCUUGCAGGUGUAUAUAAAUCAGUAAAACUGUAGCAGUGUUAGUGUAAAUCAUUAGCCUACGAAUAUUUCAGCUGUUCACUCUUCUCUAGUGUUAAGUAAGUCUAUUUAUUUUUAUAUACAACCAAUAAAAUAUUUCUCAUGAA